AUGGCAUCGUCCUCUUAUCCUGAUUCUACGCCGAAUCUGCCCGAAGAAGAGGCCUACGAAGAGAAAAACGUACAUGAAGUGUAUCAACAGAUUGCAGAACACUUCUCCUCGACCCGUUACAAGCCAUGGCCGAUUGUGGAAGACUUCCUCAAAGGAUUGAUGCCGGGGUCCAUUGGUCUUGAUGUGGGGUGCGGCAAUGGCAAGUACUUGUCCGUAAACAAAGAAGUUUUUAUAGUCGCCUCGGAUCGCUCCGAGAAUCUCGCCCGGAUCGCCGUCAAACACCAGCCGCAUUCAACUAUUGUAGCGGACAUCCUGAAUCUGCCACAUCCAGAUUCGUUAUUUGACUUCGCUAUCUCAAUUGCUGUUGUACAUCAUCUGUCCACACCUGAACGGAGAAUUCGGGCCAUCCGCGAAAUUCUCCGCACUUUGAAACCUGCCUCAGAUAAAUCGUCCGGAGGCAGAGUCCUGCUGUAUGUUUGGGCCCUGGAACAAAAGACCAGCCGCAGGGGCUGGGACAAAGGCGACAAGCAGGACGUCAUGGUUCCUUGGGUCCUGAAACCGAAGUCUGCCAAUGGUAGCUCUGACGACGAGCCGAGGACUUUCCAUCGGUACUAUCACCUCUAUGAGGCAACAGAACUGGAACGUGACAUUGAAAGAGCGGGUGGCCGUGUUCUAGAUUCGGGCUAUGAAAAAGACAACUGGUGGGCAAUUGCGACACGAUCCGAAGAGUAG